AUGUCAGUCGGAGUUCCGGUUAAUCCGUCGAGCCAAUUACCGGCGGCUCCAACAACAACAACACGACGUCGCGUGGCUGAUUCACAAGAAGAUCAUUGCCACGUCAUCACCGGAAACGGAAACGCCGUCGUUUACGUCCACGACGAGGAAGAAGAAGAAACCACCAGCUCCGGCGACGGCGAAAGAUCUUUGUUGUGUUGUUCGAGUGGGACCCACCGCCACAACUACCUCGUCGGGUUUCUCUCUCUCCGUAAAUUCAGGCUCGUGUGGAUGCUAAUGGUUGAGAACAAAUCUAAAUGGACGGCUGGGAUUGCUCGGAAUAUGAGAUCGGCGACGAAUCUUGGCCGUUUGAUUCUUACUUUAUUGUCGAUCCUAGUCGUCGGUUUUUUCCUCGUCGUUGCUCUCUCCGGCGGAGUUGGACGACGGAGACACGUGGAGAAACAUGAAUUCGUCUUCUCGAUUCAUCCAAGAACAUCUAUUGAGAGAAUCAUCCAAGAAGAAGAAUCUAACAAUUCACUUCAAGUCUUUGUUCCAGAGAGAAAAUCGAUCCCAGAGAUUUGGAAUCAACCAGACAUUGGGAACUAUCAGAAAUGUGUAGCUCGUCCUAAGAACCAAAGACCAAUCAAGAAAACCAAUGGUUACCUUCUUGUUCACGCUAAUGGUGGUUUGAAUCAGAUGAGAACUGGUAUUUGUGAUAUGGUCGCAAUCGCGAAAAUCAUGAAUGCAUCUCUAGUUCUUCCUUUUCUUGAUCAUUCAUCUUUCUGGAGUGAUCCAAGUACGUUUAAGGACAUUUUCGAUUGGAGACAUUUCAUCAAUGUACUAGCAGAAGAUGUCGAAAUCGUCGAGUAUUUACCGCAAGAAUUUGCUUCGAUUAAGCCUCUUGAAAAGAAUCCUGUGUCCUGGUCUAAGGCGAGUUAUUACAGAAACUCAAUCUCAAAGUUACUGAAGAAGCAUAAGGUGAUUGUAUUCAACCACACUGAUUCUCGGCUAGCGAAUAACAGUCCGCCUCCUAAGAUCCAACGGCUUAGAUGCCGCGCAAACUAUGAAGCUCUUCGGUACUCUGAAGAAAUAGAGAAUCUAAGCAAAGUUCUCUCUUCAAGACUUAGAGAAAACAACGAACCCUACCUUGCUCUUCACUUAAGGUAUGAGAAAGAUAUGUUGGCGUUUACCGGUUGCAAUCACAGUCUAACCGAGGAGGAAUCGAUUGAUCUUGAGAAGAUGAGAUAUAGUAUUCCGCAUUGGAAAGAAAAAGUCAUCAAUGGUACAGAACGGCGACUUGAAGGUAAUUGCCCUAUGACACCGCGUGAAGCUGCCGUGUUCCUCAAGGCAAUGGGGUUUCCUUCGACGACAAAGAUCUACAUUGUUGCUGGAGAGAUAUACGGUCAGAAAAGCAUGACCGAGUUCCACGAAGAGUUCCCAAACGUUUUCUUUCACUCGACAUUGGCGACUGAGGAAGAGCUUUUAACUAUUAAACCUUUCCAGAACAGAUUAGCUGCUCUUGAUUACAAUCUAGCACUCGAAAGCGACGUUUUCGCUUAUACUUACGAUGGAAACAUGGCGAAAGCAGUUCAGGGACAUCGAAGAUUCGAAGGGUUUAGAAAAACGAUUAAUCCCGAUAGGUUGAGAUUCGUGAAAUUGAUCGAUCGGCUCGAUGCGGGGCUCAUGACGUGGGAAAAUUUCUCUUCGGAGGUUAAGAGAAGACAUCGGAAUAGAGUAGGAGCACCGUAUCUUAGAAGGCCAGGAAAGGCAGGCUUGAGCCCAAAGUUGGAGGAGAAUUUUUAUGCAAACCCUCUUCCAGGUUGCUUGUGUGAUACGGCUGAGGAACAAACCGGUUAA